GAUGCAAUCUGAAGGUGCUGAUGUUGGUGCCCUUUGUUCAGAGUGAGAGUGAGAGGAGGGAAUGGGAGAGGGGUUUUGACUUAUGAGUAGCUGUGACAUUGGAAACGGCAGUAAAUUGUGCCAACACCAAACAGAGAGCAAGAGGGGAAAACAAAACCAUACAGAGUGGAAAAAUCUGUGAGCAAAGAGGAUUUACAUUUCCGUUAAAUCAAUAGCUAAGCACCAGGAAAUUCAAGAGGAAAUUUAUCAGACUCUGCUGGGGACAGAACAUCGUUUCUUUGAACUCGGUAAGGAAAGAAUAUUAUUUACAGAUUUACGCCUGAUAUCUACAAUGAGUGGUCAGGCGUAGCCAUGGUGCUGAUUCUGGGACGACGCAUUAACAGGGAUGAUAACCAUUUCCGUGACUCACCUCUCAGCAAACGCAAAGUCCUUGAAGUGGACCAGAAGCCGGUGGUGAAUCAAGACAUUUUUGAUUUCUCCUCAGGCCCAUCUCAUGCUGAGAGCAUCCUCGAAUUGCUGAAUGAGUUCAGGGCCAGUCGUCUCUUCACUGAUGUGGUCAUCUGUGUGGAGGGCCGUGAGUUUCCUUGCCACCGCGCCAUCCUGUCUUCCUGCAGCAGCUACUUCAGGGCUAUGUUCUGCAAUGACCACCGUGAGAGCCGGGAGAUGUUGGUGGAGAUCAACGGCAUCUUUGCUGAUGCCAUGGACCAGUUCCUGCAGUAUGUCUACACGGGAAAGGUGAGGAUCACCACGGACAACGUGCAAUACCUGUUUGAGACCUCUAGCCUCUUCCAGAUCAACGCCAUCCGCGAUGCCUGCGCCAAGUUCCUGGAGGAGCAGCUUGACCCCUGCAAUUGCCUAGGGAUCCAGAAGUUUGCAGACACACACUCCUUGAAGGUGCUGCACUCCAAGUGCAGAUGCUUCGGCCUGCAGAUGUUCUCCGAGGUUGCCCUGCAUGAGGAGUUCCUGGGACUGGAGAAGGAUGAGCUCAUCGACUAUGUCUCCAGUGAUGAUCUGGUCGUCAGCAAGGAGGAGACUGUGUACGAGUCUGUGAUACGUUGGGUAUAUCAUGACAUUGACCGCAGGAGGCCCAUGUUGAAAGAGCUGCUGACUCAUGUUAGGCUUCCCCUACUGCACCCCAAUUAUUUUGUACAGACGGUGGAGGGGAACCAGCUAAUCCAGAGCUCUCCUGAGUGUUACCAACUGCUGCAUGAGGCUCGGAGGUACCACGUCCUUGGCAAUGAGAUGAUGUCACCACGGACGAGACCUCGUAGGUCCACAGGUUACUCCGAAGUAAUUGUGGUAGUGGGAGGCUGUGAACGAGUGGGAGGCUUCAAUCUCCCUUACACUGAAUGCUAUGACCCAAUGACCGGAGAGUGGAAGUCGCUUGCCAAACUCCCAGAAUUCACCAAAUCUGAGUAUGCUGUUUGUGCCCUGAGGAAUGAUAUCCUUGUGUCAGGUGGCAGAAUCAACAGCCGUGAUGUGUGGAUGUACAACUCCCAGCUGAACAUCUGGAUGCGAGUGGCCUGUUUAAACAAAGGCAGAUGGCGCCACAAGAUGGCUGUCCUUCUUGGCAAGGUGUAUGCAGUGGGAGGUUACGAUGGUCAGAAUCGGUUGAGCAGCGUGGAGUGUUACGACUCUUUCUCAAACCGCUGGGUCGAGGUUGCAUCCCUCAAAGAGGCAGUCAGCUCACCGGCUGUCGUCAGCUGUGUCAGUAAGCUGUUUGUGAUUGGAGGAGGGCCUGAUGACAAUACGUGCUCUGAUAAGGUUCAAUGUUAUGACCCAGCCACUAAUGUUUGGUUGUUGCGAGCACCCAUUCCUGUUGCUAAACGAUGCAUCACCGCAGUGUCCCUGACCAACCUUAUAUACGUGGCCGGGGGGCUGACCAAGUCCAUCUUCUGCUACGAUCCAGUGGAGGAUUAUUGGAUGCAUGUGGUGAACACCUUCAGUAGACAGGAGAGUUGCGGCAUGUCUGUGUGUAACGGCAAGGUCUACAUCCUCGGUGGCAGAAAGGAAACGGGAGAGGCCACUGACACUAUUACAUGCUACGACCCAGCAACAGGAAUCAUCACAGCAAUGGCUGCCAUGCCGAGGCCCAUUUCCUAUCAUGGCUGUGUGACAAUUCACAGAUACAAUGAGAAGUACAGACCUUGAGCCAGAGAUCUCCAGCACCCACCCAAUACUGAGUGGCAAAGAGGCACAACCACACUAUAACAUCCUGUGGAGGGACCAGAGGCAGCCUCUGCAGGUUCUAUAUUAGAUGACUUUACUGUAGCAUACUCUUCAAAACAUUGAGCCUUUUUUUUAAAGAAACUUUUAUUACAACAUUAGAGUUAUAGAUCAACAAUCAAUGUCUUGCAUAAUACGAAAGUCCCAGUGAUAAGAAUACCAAAGCUGUGGCAUUGCAGGCAAUAUUAUGCCAUUUGCACAUGUUUGUGCAUCCCUCAGAUAACCGUGGACAGUUAAUGGUGCAUUUAGGGUAACACUUUCAGGUCUGAGACCAUAAUCCAGAAGGAAAUAGCUGUUCACUUUCUGGUGUAAUUAGAGAGUCACAAAGUGAGAAAUGCAAGUGGAAAACUUUUGUUGAGUCAGUUGGAGGUGUCUUGGAAUCAUAGAGACUGAGGCACUGUCCAGGGUCAGGAUUGAAACCUUCAUAUUCGAGCAUCUACAUCACUUUGACAUCAUUCAGUGGCUGCUUUGUGGCCACUCCCAGUGAAGUGCAUAGAUGUUUUCGUAUACUGUGAUCCCAGUUAUUGUCCUAAUUUUUCACCUUUUGGUAUCUAUUAAGGCUUAUGAGGAACAAACACUUUAACUCCUGCAACGUGACUCAGUAGAGGUCAAGGAUAAGAUGUCUUGGCACUGGUUGCCUUGGGUUGGAGAUAGAAAGUCAGAAUUAGUCAGCUGUGAUCUCAUGUAUGAGGCAAGAAACCAGACCUUCCAGAUCGUAUCUCUUGGGUUUUAAUCCCCCCCCAACUCACUGCAAAAACCUUUGUCAAAAGGAUUUUUUUUAUUUCUGACAUACCUCUCUGGCUGCAGAGAUGCUGUAAUACAUCAAAUGCAUCAAGGAUUGCUACAGCCUAGUUCUGGAAAAGCAUCAGCCUUUUUGACAAGAGUGGCAGUAAGUGUUUUUUUUUCAUUCACUUACGGAAGAGGGCAUGCCUCCUGUUACUUGUAAGAGCUCAUAUUGGUCCCCAGCUCGUGUGUCUUCUGGAUUUUGUAUUCUUAAUAUUGGUGGAAAUUUGGUUUGUGCAAGCAAUUUUGAUAAAUGCAUUGCUAGUCAAAUACAUGCCUGUACUUUCCAGCCAGAGAUCACUAGAACAGAUUUCAGUUGAUCAGAUUUAACAGGUCACAGUGUUGUUAGUGUCGGUACUUACAAAGAAAUGUUCCAUAGACAGUAACUUAGCUACUUGACUUUGAACCCUAAGACUUCAAAGUUAUGCCUCUGGCAAUUGGAUUGUCAGACCUGGUUGGAGUUCUGGUUUAGAUCAUAGAUCCAAUAAUUGAAGUAAGUGUAUGUGGGUAAUUUUCCAGACAAUGUUGAGCCAAGUUGGUUAUAUACUGUGUAUAUAUAUCCCACAGUGAGUGGGUUAUAGCCCAGUAAUAUGCAGUGGCAGUUUAUUUAUACCAUGUAUAUUUACCCAUGCUAGAUAGAAUGUGAAUUAUUCCCAAUUCCCAGUUAUGUAUAUUGCAUCAAACAGUGCAUAUUGAUGGGAUGAAAGAUAAAAGCUUUGGUAAUUAUAAAGGAAGUGAUAGAGGUAUAGUGCUGACUGUUAACCCUUGAACAUCAGAUUGCGCAUUUAGAGGCUAUGUCAUUGCAUGAGUGAGAGUCACACCCUCUAUUUGAAAAUGAAAGUUGUUAAUGUCCCUAAGAGAAGAACAUUCCAUUGUAGCUUUUCCAAAGUGAGUCCUUUUGCCAUUCCCUUACAUCACUAACAGUUUCUCCUAAAUGUGGGUUGGAGUAGGGUGAGGGGGUGGGGGUGAGUGUACAUAAGUCCCACUCUAUCCAUCCUGGGGGUAUUUUUCAUGUAUUUGCUGGAAGGCAAUAGAUUGGUGUGUAACCACCAGGCCUGAUCCAGGCUUUGGCUCACAUGGACACACAUUUGGGGGAGGCCUUGACUUUUGUGUGCUUUUGAAAAACAAUGGAAAACAAGGUUGCUGGUUAACCAUCACUCAUUUCGCACUAAUGCACAAAGUCUUUCCCCAGGACUUUAAACUACUUAAGUCAUUAUAUCUGGAUAAUUUUGCAAUAAUGUGAGAUUUGAGGAGGUUAAAGGAUUGAGUUCUUUGUGGCAUUUAUUGAUACAGUGUAAGGUAUGUCGAUCUGAACUAACUCAGUUGGGAUAGCUAAUAGCAUAAUACUACUGUCAGUGGAUUAGCAAUCCAGAAACCAAGGAUAAGGCUUUGGGAACAGGCUUCAGAUUCCACCACAGCAGCAGGUGGGAGUUAAAUUCAACUAAUUCAUGAUUCUUAAGUUAAAAGGUGUUGUCAUUAAAUGAUCAUUGAUUAUUACAAAAACCCAUCUGGUUCACUGUUGUCCUUCAGAAAAAGAACUUUGCUAUUGGUUCACCAAACUUCUCAGCCGGGCCUGCAGGGACCAACCGGAUCUCCCAGUCACCGUCCAUUUUAAUUCCCCUUCUCACGUCCUUUCCAACGUGACCAUCCUUGGCCUCCUCCAUUGCCACAAUGAACCAAACUGCAAAUUGGAGGACCACCACU